GCUCCCGUGCUCCCAUUGGCUAGACUCCGCUCCACUUCCGCUGAGCGGGGCAGGGAGGCGCUGCGUGCUUGGCCUGCGCGGGCCCGGAGCGGACGGGGCAGCGGGAAAGCCAGAAGGAGAGCCGGGAGGCGCCGGUGGUGCCGCCGCCCAUCAUGGUCCUCCUUCACGUCCUCUUCGAGCACGCGGCGGGCUACGCGCUCUUCGCUCUCCAGCAGGUCGAGGAGGUCGGGCUGCUCCUGCCGCAGGUGGAGGAGAGUGUCCUGAAUCUUGGCAAGUUCCUUACCUUUGUCAAGCUGGUGGCCUUUUCUCCGUUCAAGUCUGCCCAGACUGCGCUGGAGAACAUCAAUGCUGUCUCAGAAGGAAUCCUCCACGAGGAUCUUCGACUGCUCCUUGAAACCAACUUGCCAGCUAAGAAGAAGAAAGUUCUCUUGGGGGUCAGUGAUGCCAAGAUUGGGGCUGCUAUCCAGGAAGAGUUGGGCUACCAGUGCCAGACAGGUGGAGUUGUUGCUGAAAUUACCCGAGGUAUCCGGUUGCACUUUCACAGUUUGAUCAAGGGCUUGACAGCCCAUUCGGCCUCCAAGGCCCAGCUGGGACUGGGGCAUAGCUAUUCCCGGGCCAAAGUGAAGUUCAAUGUGAACAGAGUGGAUAACAUGAUCAUCCAGUCGAUUAGUCUCUUGGAUCAGCUAGACAAAGAUAUCAAUACUUUCUCUAUGCGAGUCCGAGAGUGGUAUGGGUAUCACUUCCCAGAACUGAUCAAGGUUGUGAGUGACAACUACAGCUACUGCCGCCUGGCCAAGCUAAUUGGAAACCGGAAGGAACUGAGUGAGGAGAGCCUGGCAGGAUUGGAAGAGAUUGUGAUGGACAGUGCUAAAGCUCAGGCUAUCCUGGAGGCCUCCCGCUCAUCCAUGGGGAUGGACAUUUCUCCCAUCGACCUCAUCAACAUCGAGAGCUUCUCGAGCCGUGUCAUCUCGCUCUCAGAGUACCGCAAAGGCCUGCAGGAGUAUCUCCGCUCCAAGAUGAGCCAGGUGGCUCCCAGCCUCUCCGCCCUGAUUGGAGAAGUGGUGGGCGCCCGCCUAAUCUCACAUGCCGGCAGCCUCACGAGCCUGGCCAAGUACCCAGCCUCAACGGUGCAGAUCCUGGGUGCAGAGAAGGCCCUCUUCAGGGCUUUGAAGACUCGAGGCAACACCCCCAAGUACGGCCUGAUCUUUCAUUCCACUUUUAUUGGACGGGCAGCUGCCAAGAACAAGGGGCGCAUCUCGCGCUAUCUGGCCAACAAGUGCACGAUUGCGUCCCGCAUUGACUGCUUCUCAGAGGUCCCAACCAGCGUCUUUGGAGACAAGUUAAGGGAGCAGGUAGAGGAACGCCUGGCCUUCUAUGAGACUGGGGAGCCCCCCCGCAAGAACCUGGACGUCAUGAAGGAGGCUGUGGUGGAGGCAACUGAGGUGACUGCUGAAAUAAAAAGGAAGCUGGAGAAGAAAGAGAAGAAGAAACGGAAGCGAGAGAAGCAGCGCCAGCAAGCGUUGGCGGAAGAGAUGGAGAACUCUGUGCUGGAGACCACAGCAGAGGAAAACGAAACUGAACCUGAACCCAAGAAGAAGAAGAAGAGAAAGCACCAGGAGGUGGAGGAAGAAGAGGCCACGCCCAAGAAGAAGAAGAAACAGCAGCAAGCUGAAGUGGAGACCCCCCAGCCAGAGGGGAGGAAGAAGAAGAAGAAAGUCAAAAUGGAGGAUGGUGACUAGUAGGGGUCAGAAUCCUGUCCAUCAGGGCCAGCCUGAGACUGCAGGGCAUGUGUCUUUGCUUUCUUAUUGGCUUCUUGGGCCAUGGCUCUGCAUUUGCAGAUCAACUGAAUGUAGCCCAGGUUGGACCUCCAGUGUGCAAAAAGGGAGGCUUUUGCACAUGGGCAGAGCUCUUUGAGAGCAGGAGUGCACCGUCCACAGCGAAGGCUCUCUCCACGUCACGCGUGCUGCAGGGGAGGCAGCCUGCUUGCCAGACAGACGUGGGCCAUGAGGCUGUGGCCCUGCCAGCCAGCCGGGACUGGUAGUGGUUGCUUUUCUGGUAGAUGGCGCAGGUGCAGGGCUUGUGGACCCCCCCCCCAUUUCAUGUACUUAAGCUGCCGUGAACAAUAAAAUGUCCUGUCUUUAGCAAA